UAAUAAUAAUAAUAAUAAUAAUAGAUGAACAAUAACCAGCCCAAAAAGAAUGAAUCUAACGGCCAUACUCCAUCGUCGCACACCGAUCAAACUCAUCUCACGCUUGGGGUUUAAAGCUAAUCGAUCACCCCCCAAAGACACGCGGCACGCCAUGACAGGAUGUAAACACUGAUAGAACAAGCACCGCGGUACACCGAAUUCUAACCUCCUCAGAACCUCGUCCUUCCCUCGCUUUCCUCCGGCAGCUUCUUCUCAUCUCUCUCUCUGUUUGUCUCUUCGUUCUCCAAUGGAGAAACUGAGGAAAGCGGUGAACGAAAUCGCCUACGCACACGACCACGCUAAGCUCUCUCCUCUGCAACGCUCAUUUGUCCCUGUUCUCUCCUUCGCCUCUACUCUCUACAAGCUCGCUCUUUCCCUGCGACGCGCUCUGUACAACUUCGGCCUCUUUCGCGAGCACCGGUUGCCAGUGCCGGUGAUUUGUGUUGGGAAUUUGACUUGGGGAGGCAAUGGAAAAACGCCGAUGGUUGAAUUCAUUGCUCGCUGGCUUGCGGAUUCUGGAAUUUCACCUCUCAUUCUUACUAGGGGUUAUGCUGGAGGGGAUGAAGCUAAAAUGCUCCAAAGACAUCUGCUCGGAAGGCCCGUGAAGAUUGCUAUAGGUGCAAAUCGGGCAGCUAUUGCAUCUUCUUUCCUUAAAGAAUAUGGUUAUGUGGAUCCUCAUAGUAAUAAUACAUACUCUUAUAGAACACAAGGUCAUCCUGAUUCAGAAAGAAUUGGUGCUGCGAUUCUUGAUGAUGGAAUGCAGCACUGGAGCUUGCGGAGUGAUCUCAAGAUUGUUAUGGUUAAUGGAUUAAUGCUAUGGGGAAACAGUCAAUUGCUUCCACUUGGACCUUUAAGAGAACCUCUGAAUGCACUCGAGCGGGCAGAUGUUGUUGUGCUUCAUCAUGCAGACUUGAUUCCAGAACAAAGUCUCAAAGAUGUUGAGUUAACAGUACGAGAAAUCAAAGAAUAUCUUCCUAUUUUCUUCACUAGAAUGGCUCCCUCUCAUUUCUUUGACGUGGGAAACAUCAACUCCAAAAAACCUUUGACAGCCUUGACGAACACCAUCGUCUUAUGUGUUUCUGCCAUAGGUUCUGCAAAUGCAUUUGUGCAAGGUAUGAAAAAGUUAGGAGCAUUUUAUGUUGACCAACUUGAGUUCAGUGACCAUCAUAUAUUUCAACCCAAGGAUAUUGAGAUGAUUAGAGAGAGACUUGGAGAGCUGGAGAAAAGGUUUGGGACCAAGCCUGCUGUUAUUGUAACAGAAAAGGAUUAUGAUAGAGAGCCAGCCAUUCUAAAGCUGUUAGAUCCAUUUCAAGUUAUGGCACUCUGUUCUGAAUUGCAAUUCAUACCUAACAAGGGAUGCACUGGAGAUAGCUUCAAGAAAUUGAUAAAAGAGCUACUGGAACAUAAAUUUCCAGGUGCAUGCUAGAAAUAAGAUAGGCUAACUUAUAAUGAAAGAGCACCCAUGGGCAUGAUUCAAAUUUUUUUUUUUUUUUUUUUUUUUUAAAUGUCUCUAGCCUCUAAUACUAUAUUGGCUACUGUGUUAAUAAUUUAUCAUUUUCAUAAACCCAAGUCCAAGUUCGUGAAUGUUCUUCC